AUGAUCUCUCCCCCACUUUCUUUCUUCCUUCCCAUACUUUUCAACUCCAAUUCCCUCACCCAAAUCUAUCAAAUCCAUGCUCAAAUCCUCAUCCAUGCUCUCCCCCUCCACAAUCAUCUUCUCUCCAAGCUCAUUGAUCUCCGCUCCAUCGAUUACGCACAGUCCGUCUUCGACCACAUGCCCUCCCCCAAUGACUAUUCUUGGAAUUCCAUGAUCAAAGCUUACACCGUCAAUGGCCCGUUUGGAAAUUCUCUCUCCUUGUACUCCCAAAUGCUUCAACAAGGAGUGAAACCGAGUAAAUUCACUUACCCAUUUGUCUUAAAGGCUUGCUCUGCCAUUUCCACUAUCAAACAUGCCGAAUCGGUACACACACAUGUCAUCAAAUUUGGAUUCAAAUGUGAUAUCUUCAUUUGCAAUGUGUUGGUCAAUGUCUAUUCGAAGUACUCUUGUAUUGGAGCCGCACGUCGUGUAUGGGAUGAAAUGCCUAAGAGGGAUGGAGUUUCAUGGAAUUCGAUCAUUUCUGGGUAUGUUUACUGUGGAGAGAUUGAAUUGGCACGUGGGCUGUUCGAGGCAAUGCCGUUGAGAAGGAGCGUGGUUUGUUGGACAGCUCUGAUUAAUGGGUAUGGACGGGAUGGGGUGAUUGUAGAUAUGUUGGGUUUGUUCCGACAGAUGCUUGUUUCAGUCGAUGAUGUGCGGCCCAACUCUGCAACAAUGGUGUGUCUUGUAUCUGCUUGUUCGGGUGUCUCUGAUAUCGAGAUGGGGAGAUGGGUCUCUGUAUUUAUACAUGUUAAUGCAGUGCCUUUGGAUGUAAUGUUGAGUACUGCUCUUAUCGACAUGUAUUCGAAGUGCGGGGAUGUGGCUAAGGCUAGGAGGAUCUUUGACAGGAUUCAUGGUAAGAAUGUGGUGUCUUGGAAUGCUAUGAUUACUGGAUAUGUUCAGAGCAGAAUGCCGGAAGAGGCAAUCCAACUGUUUUAUCAAAUGAGAGAAAAUUCGGUGAAACCAAAUGAGAUCACGAUGGCGAACAUGCUAUCUGCUUGUGCCAGUUUGGGGGCAUUAGAACUUGGAAGAGAAAUUCACCUCUACUUGGGUAGGAACGGUUUGGAAUUGAACGUGAUUCUUGCAACUGCUCUUGUUGAUAUGUAUUCAAAAUGUGGCUGCAUCAAUGAUGCUUGCUUGGUUUUUGUCAAGACGACCAAGGAUGACGUGGUGCUGUGGAAUGCCAUGAUUUUGGGGCUUGCAGUUCAUGGCAGUGGCAGGGAUUCCCUAUCCAUCUUUGCGCAGAUGGAGAGGGUUGGAACAGGACCCAACAAUAUUACAUUUAUUGGUGUUCUAUCAGCGUGUACACAUUCGGGUUUGGUCGAGGAGGGACGCACUCAAUUCAAAAAGAUGCGCGAAAAACAUAGUUUGAGUCCUACAGUAGAGCAUUAUGCUUGUAUGGUGGAUCUUCUUGGCCGGGCCGGGCAUUUAGAUGAGGCAAUGGCAUUGGUUGGAAGCAUGUCAGUAUUGCCCGAUUCAAUCAUUUGGGGGACUUUGCUUAGCGCUUUUAGAAUUUAUCAUAAGGUUGAAUUGGCUAAUGAAGUCGGGCAGGUUAUACUAUCAUCAGAGGAACCAGAUUUGGGUUGCUGUGUUUUGUUAUCGAAUAUCUAUGCUGCGGCAGGUCAGUGGGCGAAUGUUGCAAGAGUGAGGAGACGGAUGAAGGAGAUGGGGAUGAGAAAGCCAUCAGGAUGUAGCUGGAUUGAAGUGGAUGGUGUCGUUCAUAGGUUCCUUGUCGAGGAUACAACACACAAGCAGUCUCGAGAUGUAUAUUGGAUGCUACAAGGACUGAUGAAGCAAUCCAAGUUUGAAGGUUAUGUGCCUGAUUUUGAUUUUCUUUGA